ACUUCACACCAGAACCGCUGGCCGCAGGAGACAGAAGUAGCAGGAACAAAAGUAGGAUUUCGAACACCGGCACUGAAGCCACCACAUCACAGAACAAAAGGCAUUUCAAGACUGAACUUCUGAUAAAAAGAGCCCUAGAAGUCAUGAUCGCCUCACAGCUUCUCUCUGCUCUCACUCUUGCACUUGUCUUGUUUGAAGAGAGCAGAGCCUGGUCGUACAACGCAUCCACAGAAACCAUGACUUUCGACGAAGCCAGCGCUUACUGUCAGCAAAGGUACACGCAUCUGGUCGCGAUUCAAAACCAAGAAGAGAUUAAAUACCUGAACUCUGUGUUCAGCCAUUCACCUACUUACUACUGGAUCGGAAUCAGAAAGGUCAAUCAGCAGUGGACCUGGAUAGGGACCCAGAAGCUUCUAACCGAAGAAGCCAAGAACUGGGCUCCCGGCGAACCGAACAACAAGCAAAACAAUGAAGACUGUGUGGAGAUCUACAUCAAGAGAGACAAGGACACGGGCAUGUGGAAUGACGAGAGAUGCGACAAAAAGAAGCUUGCCUUGUGUUACACAGCUGCCUGCACCCCUACAUCCUGCAGUGGCCACGGUGAGUGUGUGGAGACUGUCAACAACUACACCUGCGAGUGCCACCCCGGCUUCAGGGGACUCAGGUGUGAGCAAGCUGUGACCUGUCGAGCGCAGGAAGACCCUAAGCACGGAAGCCUGGUCUGCGCCCACCCUCUGGGACCCUUCAGCUACAAUUCCUCGUGCUCCGUCCACUGUGAAAAGGGUUACGUCCCAAGCAGCACGGAGGCCACGCGGUGCACUUCUGCGGGGGACUGGAGCACCCCUCUUCCAGCCUGCAACGUGAUUGAGUGCAGUGCACUGACAAAGCCCGCGAAUGGCACUGUGGACUGUCUCGAAAGCUCUGGAAACUUCCCAUGGAACACAACUUGUGCCUUUGCUUGUGAAGAAGGAUUUGAACUAAUGGGCUCCAAGCGCCUCCAGUGUACCUCAUCUGGGAAUUGGGACAACAAGAAGCCAACAUGUAAAGCUGUGACAUGUGAGGCCAUCAGCCAUCCUCAGAACGGGUCUGUGAGCUGUAGCCACUCCCCUGAGGGCGAGUUCACCUUUGGGUCCUUCUGCAGUUUCACCUGCGAGGAAGGCUUCCAGAUGCAGGGAGCAGCCCAACUUCAAUGCACCGCGCAAGGGAAAUGGAGUCAGCAGGUCCCAGUUUGUGAAGCUUUUCAGUGCAAAGCCUUGUCCAUCCCAGAGAAAGGCUACAUGAAUUGUCUUCCAAGUGCUUCUGGAAGUUUCCAAAGUGGGUCCAACUGUGAGUUCUUCUGUGAAAAGGGAUUUGUGUUGAAGGGAUCCAAAAAACUCCGGUGUGGCCCCACAGGCGAAUGGGACAGUGAGGAGCCCACAUGUGAAGCUGUGAAAUGCGACGCUGUCCGGCAUCUCCAGCGUGGCUCGGUGAGGUGUGCCCACUCCUCUGCUGGAGAGUUCACCUACAAGUCCUCCUGUGCCUUCAGCUGUGAGGACGGCUUUGAGUUACAUGGGUCAGCUCAGCUCGAGUGCACCUCUCAGGGACAGUGGACGCAGAAGGUCCCCUCCUGCCAAGUGGUACAAUGUCCAAGCCUGGCAGUUUCCGGAAAGACGAACAUGAGCUGCAGCGGGGAGCCCGUGUUUGGAGCUGUGUGUGCGUUUGCAUGUCCCGAAGGAUGGACACUCAAUGGGUCUGCAGCUCUGACCUGUGAUGCCACAGGACACUGGUCUGGGAUGCCGCCGACCUGUGAAGCUCCUGCUGAGUCCAGCGCUCCCCUGGCGGUCGGCCUUGCUGCUGCUGGGACCUCCUUCUUGACAUUAGCCUCGUUUCUCCUCUGGCUCCUGAAACGCCUGAGGAAGAAGGCCAAGAAAUUUGUUCCUGCCAGCAGCUGCCAAAGCCUUGAAUCCGACGGAUCCUUCCACAUGGCUUUGUAGUCAUUUUUAGUCCAAAGGAAUCAGGUAACACUUAAAAUCCCAUAUGAUUUUGAAAGAACAUAACCUUUCUUCG